AGACAAUUUCAAAAACUUAACAACAACUAUACGUUUAUAAGUAAGAUAUACUUUUUCAGCGCAGAUGUCUUUCCCAAGAGCUCGUAUUCGUAGAUUUAACGAACUGAGUGGUGAGUUGUGGUAAUUAUUCUCUAUAGCCUUAAUCGUGAAAGAAAACACAAAUCAGAUUUAUCAUGACAAUUCAAUGAUUGUCAUUACUAUUACUAUUAUUAUUCAUAUUGACAAUUAUUCAUUUAAAUUAAGUAGUUAAGUUUAGUAAGCCUAAGUUAAAGUUCAAUAAGAAGCUUGCCUUACUUUACUUUUUGUUAAAUGUUAAUUAACUUUAUAUUAGGCUUCGGCUAUUCGAACCCGGCCCGGGUAUCAGAAUUGAGAGGUUUGGCUAAGUAAAAGAUAUUACAACUGAACUGAGCCUAGCCACUGCCCUAACUGACCAAAAGAUGUGUUUUUAAGUAAAUAAUUAAAAUGAAAUACACUCAAAUUAGAUUAAUGCCCUUUAAUUUACUAUGACCCAAUGCUUAAGUAUGAGAUUACUUCAUUUGAAUGAGUUUCAAACCAUUGGUUGAUUUUGGGUUAGCAGUCUUCUUCUUAUUAAUAUUUGAAUUUGAGGAACCCACGAUCAAUUUGUUGAUCAUUCUGGCUCCUGGUUUAAAUUUAGAGUUUGCCUUCUUUUAGAUGGGUUUCCGUCCAAGGCUAAUGAGUCCCAUCCACCCGGGGUGCUUGGGAUGUUGGCUUUGGUGGGGAUUGAACUCCAGCUAUUUGUAGAUACUUUUGUCAAAAAUGUAAACAUUUUUUAAAAAUAAACCAAUGGCACAGUUGAAUAGAGCUAAUUUUAAACAGAAUUAUAACACCAAAAUCAUAUUUUUAGCUGUUGUAGUUUUAAAGUUAUGAAUUUUUAAAGUACGACUUGGUUUGUCAUUUUUUAACAUGGACUUCAUCUCCACAUUCUGUGACCUCAUUCCACUGAUCGAGUCAUGCGCAAUGACUAUAUAGUUUAUAUAAGGCAACGCAUUCCCUAUCACUAAAAUACUGUUUAGGGUCGACUUAUUUUAAACUUUCAACUUUGGCACAUGAAUAAUUAAUAAAAGCUUUCCCUGACCAAUGGUUUAAUAGCUUUUGCACACGGCAAACUCUUAUGAAUGAAACUCUGAGAUAGUACUACGACGUAGCCGUUAUGCAAGUGGCUGUGAAUGGUUGCCAAUGACAACGUGUUGCACAGGGAAAAUUCUGAUCAUUUAUAAUAUGGACUCUGCAGGGUUUUUAAAGCUCAAAUUAAAACAUUUCCAGUUUAAAUGUCUUCAAAAUGCAUUCUGAAACACAAAAUAUAAAAUAUUUUGAUGUAUAUAGUGGUAAUAAUUAAAUAUUUCCUAAGUAUCGGCAACUUCCGCCAUUAAAAAGGGGGCGUGGCCCACGCCAUGUCGAAAUUUGGCUGAGCCACCUUAUGGUGAUAUGGGUCACUGUGACAAGUGUAACAAACGUGAGACACGACCUACAUCAAUGAAACUUGGCACAGAUAUAGAUCAAUAUCUAAUGCUCAUACAGAUUUAAUCAAAAAGGACCUUAUCUUAUUAUUUCACAAAAAAUUUUGUAUGCGAAGAUGCCUUAUAUAUACCAAAGAUUUUCAAAAUAAAGGUCGAUUGAAAAAAGCAAAAUAGCUGGCUAGAAAUGUAGGCCAAGAUGUCUUCCAAAUUAUAAGGCCGGAAACGGAACUCAAAUAUAUGUGGAAAGAACUAAUUUAAUAAUAAAUAGACACACACAUCGGAAAAUUAAAAACUCGGAUUUUUCGGCGCCGACGCCCAUUUCCGAUACAAAAAAAAUAGUAGUCUCCCUUGUUUCAUCGAAGUAUCUACUAUUUGGUAUGAGACAGUUUAGAUCGCUCUGCCACCCAGCACACCUAGUAACUGGAGUAAGGCCGGCGAUGUUUUCCACGGUACAUAGGUCAAAGACUAAGAGGUUCCCCCAGGUCUGCUUCAGUCUACAACACUGUAUUCAAAAGAUUUCGAUAUUUGUUUGUGUUCCCUACUUCAUGCAAGUUUUUGUUUUCUUAUUUAUUUUUGAAAUUGGGGGAAGGGGCUUAGGGAGGCAUUACCCCCACUUCCCAGAAGAUCAUUUUGCACAUGGCAAACUCUUACCAGGGAAUGAAUAUAUGACUCUGAGAUUUUUUUUGGCACACAGAAAAUUAUGAUAAUUUAUGGACUCUACUUGGUGUUUAAACCUCAAAUGAAAAUAUUCCAGGUUUAAUACCUUCUAAAUUCAUUCUGAAACACAAGUUAUCAAAAAUAUUUCCUAAGCUAUUGCAGUAUUGCAUCGACACCCAUUUCCAAUACAAGCAGUAGUCUUCCUUUUGUUAAAGUUUUAAACUUCUAUUUUCAACUAAUCUAAAGACAUCAUUUUUGGAGCGCAUCUUUUUUUUCCACUGGUGUUGGGUCUUGGGGUGUUAACUUUUGUUUCUUUUUUUUCAUUUCUUUUGAAAUGUGUAAGUUGAAUUUUAAUCAAAAUUAAUGGAAAAUUCCAUUUUAAUAUAUUUCAUUUUAACCGUAUUGAUUGUCAGAUUUAGUUUAUUCGCGCAACUAAUGCUCAAUAAAGAACAUGAAAGUUAUCACACACAUCUUUCGGGUCCUAUAAUUAGUAUAUAUAAGUCCAGUGUUGAGAUUCCCCAAACUUCAAAGUAACAUCACUGCGCUUAGGGGGAGACAAGUCUUGGCGAAACCCAUUCGGUUAACCCAAAAUUACACAAAACAUCUACCAUAGUAUAAUUGAUUUUAAAAAUUGAAAAAAAAAUGGACUUCUAUUAGAACUGUAGUUGUAGACCAUGUGACUUGUGUGGAAUCUAAAAUUUCAUUUAAUUCAUGCAUGCUCAUUUUAAAAAAAAAAAAUGGUUUUAAUUUCUAAAUCUUGAUGAUUUUGUAAAUAUCAAUUUAAAAAGUGCACAAAUAGGCUAUUUCCUAUAAAUUAUAAUCACAUAAAGAAUCCUUAACAUUACCGUAUAUUCAAUUUUGGCUAGACUGCCUUUUGAAUAUCACUACUUUUUUAAUACCGUACAUUUUUAUUUUCAGAUAAAACUCCAGGAGUUGGCUCUUACAACCUGGUUGGAGACCAGCAUGGGCAAUUUAAAGGUUGGUCAGCAGUUUAAGUCAAGUGCAUAAGAUCUUAUUUAGCAUGUCAAAUAUUACCAAUAAUCAAUAUCCACCCCUGAUUGAUAUUUUUUGGGUACAAAUAUUUUUUUUUUUUUUUCAGAGCUGGAUAGAAUUAAAUCACUUAAUAAAUUGGACCAAAGCUGCAAAGAUCUGCGAGACAAAGGUCUGUAGUGUUUUAUUAUGCUUACAAUUUUUAAAUAUAUGCCAAAUGCAUUAUGAAGUGCUUUAAAAAUUACUUGAUAGCUUUUUAGUUGACUUGUUUUAGCCCCUUCUUAAGUUUAAAAACUUCAUCUUAUCACAGGUUAUAUGGCAUUAGCGAAAGGAGAGCUGCCCAGACAUGUGGAGGAAUUGCAUCAAAGGCUUAAGGCAGCAGAAGAAAAGGCUAUUGAUUUGGAAAUUCUCAAGUUAGGAGCUGACAAGGGAAGGGACAUGCUACAGGCAGAGUGUAGUUCAUUGCAAUGUGAAAUAAAAAAACUGGAAGGACAUAUAAAAGAACUUGAAGUGGAGAAAAAGGGACUAGUAGAACAGAAACAGCAAUUAGAAAAAGAGAAUAUCAGAAAUGUGAAGGAAAAGGACAAAAUAGUGAGAGAGCAGGCGGCACUGUCAUCUAAGCUGGGUCUUGUCUGCUCUGACCUCACCAAUGCAAAGGAAGAGCUUCUCAAGUCGCAAACAGAAGUGGGGGUUUUAAAAGCUUCUAAAGAAAAGUUAGAGGCUGAAUUAUUCAAAAUAGAGGCUGACUGGUCAGAACGGUUAAAACAGAUUGAUGUACUCAAAGCUCAGCUUGAAACAUCACUGGCAUCUAUUGGGCAGGAGAAAGAUCAAAGUUCAAACUUAGAGAGAGAGCUUGGGAAUUUGAAACAAGAGUUGGAGGUUAUGGUGCAGGAAAAGUUACAAACUUCAAAAGAUCUACAACAGGCUGAGCUGUCUCAACAAGUUUGCAAGAAUGAUCUUAGUGAAUUGCAAGAUAAAAUGAGUCGCUUGUUGGAGAGCAAUCAAACUAUACAGGAAAAUAUCAAACAUCUGGAGAGCAAUAAGAAAGAACUGAUUGAUCAACGGGAUGGUUUGUUGGAGAGCAUUGAAUAUCUUAAUAAGACUUUGUCUGAGUUGGAGGAAAGAAUUGCAUUUGCCGAUGAGGCAAAGAGGGUUUGUGCCUCUGAAGCUGAAGUGCUUAGGCAAGAACUUGAGAUUUCAAAGGUAUCAACCUCAGAUUAUAAGGAUUUAUAUGAGGAAAAGACAAUACAAAUAGAUAACCUGACUAGACAAAUAAAAGAGUUUGAAGAGUGUGUUGAAGAGCUGAAGGCUAAAGUUGCUCAUUUAGAAAGUGUAAAUUUGCUGCAGGAAGAACAGUUGGUAUCUGUAAUGAAGGAGAUUGUGGGAAAAAAGGAAAAUUUGAGCACCAUCGUCAAGAAUCACAAGGCCCUAGAGCAACAACUCCAGACAGAGCUACAUUUGAAAACAGAGAGAAUUGAGUUUCUAGAAAGUAAAAUUAAAGUUCUUGAGACCGCCAUAGCUGAGAAAAGCGACAAAUUAUCAACAGCUGAGAAAGAGCACGAAACCAAAAUAAAGGAGAUGCAAGAAAAUAUUCAACAAGCGCAAACAGAGUUUACAAAGAGUCUAAAUCUUUGUUACAUGGAAAAAUUGGCUGCUUUGGAAGCUGACAAACUUGCUUUUGAAAAUAAUCUCAAACAGAGCUUUGAAGAAAAAGUUGUGCAACUAGAAACUGAGAAAUUUAAAUUUAAACUGGAGCAAGAGGAUAAGUUGAAAGAGGCAAUAGAUUGCAUAGAAAGAGAAAAAACUGAAACUGCAGCAAAGCAGCAGUUCAAUUAUGGUGAGAGACUCAAAGUUGUAGAAGAGGAAAAACAGAAUUUUAUUGAUCGACAGGAGAAAAUAUUUGAAACAAAAUUGAUGCAGCUGGAAGCAGAUAAAGCCAACAGAGAGAAAGAACUUGAACAGGAGUAUUUUAAAAAAGUUCAGUCUUUAGAAAGAGCGACGGCCGAAUUGAACAUCAAGCAGCAAGAAAUGUCAACAGAGAACAAAAAAUUCUUGGAGACUGAAAAAGAACAAAUCCAUAAUGCUCAACAAGAGCUGUUAAACAGUGAGCUGGCAUUGCGUAAGGCACAACAAGCUCAAUGGUAUGAGGAUAGAAAAACUCUUUUGGAGGCAGAAAAACGACAACUUGUUGCAGAGUUGGAGCUUAAAUAUCAGGAGAAAGAAAAUUUGCUGCAGAGGAGCAAUGAAGCUUUUUUACAAAAUCAGAAGAAAGUUCAUGAUGAACUAGGGGUUAAACUAGCUGAGGAAAAGCAGCAGUUUGAGUCAGCUGUGGAGCAGAGUUAUAAAAAAAACCUCCAAGUAUUAGAGGAAGAAAAGGCAGCAUUACUGAAAUCACUCCAGGCAGAAUUCUCUAAAAAAAUUGUCGAAUUGGAAGAUUCCAAGGCUCUGUUAAACCAGUCAGUUGCAGACUUUGAGAAUCGGAUAUCCAGCUUGGAGAAGGAGAAGCUCGGUUUGGUAGAGAAGAGAAAGAGUGACCGUGCUAAGGCUCUCGUGGAGCUCCAAAAACUUGAUCAGGAGAAUAGAGACAAAGCAGAUAGACUGAAGGGGCUGGAGGAGAAGUGUACUUUGCUUUCACAUGAAAAUGAAAAGAUUUUUGCUUGUGUACAGUCCAAGGAUAAAGAUUUAGAGAGGUGGGUUUUAAAUAUUGUCUAUUGACUUUUUUAUUUUAUUUUUGCUUUUAUUAAAUUAAUUAUUAUUAUUAAUUACAUAUCAUAAGCUGCAUUUUUAUUUUAUUUUUUCUUAAUCAAUACAUCAACAAAGCCCGUUGUUUUUAGUCAAAUCACCCAGAUGGAGUUGGUUUAAAUAUUGUCUUAAACAAAAGUGGCCAUAUCUUAAUUGUUUCAAUACAUAUUUCUUUAUUUAGCCUAAAGAGGGAAUUUGCUCGAUAUAAGGAAGUGAAGGAGGAGGAACUGCUCGAUUUGGUUGAGGCUGCUGAAAAAAAUAAAGAUUGCCUGCAUAAUAUCAUAUCUGAAAUGUCAGAUAAAAUUCAAAGCAUGGAGGAAGAGAUGACCCAGUUGUUAAUGUCACAGUCUGAAAAGUGAGUUAGUUAUAGUACCUAUAGAUACAAUUUUUAUAUUUUACAAAACAAAAAAAAAUGAUGAAUUUAAAACUGGAUUUCAGGUGAACCUUAGGUAAAAAAAAUUCAUUAAAUUUUGCUCAACAGCUGGAAAGAAAAGUUUGAAGAUCUAGAAAAAAAGUUGGCACCCUUUAAAGAAACAUUAGACGCCUUUGAGUUGGAGAGGAAGCUCUUACAAGGUGAGUUUUUUUGUGUUAUAAUUUUUAAAUAAAGUGACCUUCGCUGAUUCAAAGCUCAUAACAUCAUGUAGUGUCAAAUAUUUUUCUUAAAGCUAACAAUGAUAGUGAUACAAAAAAAAUGAAACAUCCACCAUUGUUUGGUUUUUUUUCAUCCAGAUCGAGAUAAAUACACAUGUGAGCAGAUAGAUAAGUUAACUAAGGAAGCCAUAAAGAACAUGGGUCAUCAGAAUCAUCGGCAGCGAGUCAAAUAUGUGGACAAUCUGAAACAGGAAAAUAUUACUUUGCACAAGGUAAACUUUUUGCCAAUCAGAUCAUUAUUAAUUUCCUCUUCUUUUCCUUUUUCAACUCCCAGUGGAGCAUAUUCUGUGAUAGUCUAUUAAAUUAUCAAUCAACUCAAGUCUGUGGUCCUUGUAACAACUAGCCUUUAUUCACCAUUCUACAUUCUUUUUAUUCCCCACAUCACAUGACCACUCACUCCAAUUCUCCAACUAAUAUUCACACAUUUAAGUUUGAACGUUCAUGAAAACGGCUCACCACGUCCAGUCACAAAGUUCAAUCAAACACACUACAAAAAUAAUUGUCAGUCACUCAUACUGUCACAAUGCCACUAACAUUAUCUAACCACGCCUUCCACUCUAGCAGUCCUCUCUAGCUCUUUUUUAAAUCUCUUUCUGAUUCAAAGUAGUACUUCCUUAUCGGCCUCUUUAUUCAUUUAAUGUUUUUUAAAUCACUGCCAGCCAUCUUCUGCUAAGAUUAUUUUAAUAACAUAGGAAGAUUUAUGUAUUCAUGUUAUGAGAUUUCUAAUCCAGGUGCAUAGGAAAUUCAGUGUUUUCUUUUUUUUUCUUCUUUCACAUUAUAUUUAAUUAAACCAGAAACUUCGAGAUACUCAGGAAGAACUGCACAGACAAAAUGUUCUGGUAAAAAAGUACAAGGAAAAUCUUGAGAAACUGGAGGGCUCAAAAGAUCAUAGUUUCAAGACUCCACUGAAACCAAGGAUACCGCUUAAGGAAGGUAUGCCACUGUUUUAUUAUAAUAUACUUCUCCCCUUUAUCUAUAAAGAUGACAGCAGCUGCUUUUUUUUUUAUCAUAACUCCUAUUUGCACAAUGUGAAAGAAAAAAAGCCUUAUUACUUAUUUUUGAUAGAUAUUUGAAGAGAUGUAAUAGAAUAUAAACCCUCAAACUGUGGUCGGCCGGCCAAAUCGGCCAAUAUUCUUGUUCUAUGCUGUGACGGCCGAUAAAAAACACGGUCCGAUAACAACUUCCAAUCCAAUAUUUAACCGAAAUCAUAGCCAUUUCCUUUUAUUUAAUAAUUGAAUCAACUUCAGGGUCAAGCUGUUUCUUGAUAACUUAACAAUAACUACUUUUUAAUCAGAAUUUUAUAUCGUUGUUUUUUUUAAAGCAAAAAUGGCGGAAGCUAUGGCGAGAACUAAUAUAAAUAUUUUUGAAAGCUUUUUAGGAGAGGAUUUAAGUGAUACUGAUGAUGUAUUUAAAAUUCCCCAUGACAUCUCAAUUCAGAUUCUUCUUUUUGUGAAUCUGAUACUAGUCUUAGUGAUACUGAAGUAGGCCUACUGAGGCUACUGUUUGACUUCGAGCAAGGUUCGGAGGUUGGGCAAGGACUGACUGAAUUUUAGCCACAGAUUAUAGAUCAGAACUAAUAAAUUUUAUAGUUAAACAACUCAAAUCAGUUCCACAGUUCCUUUUUAAAUGGUUACUAUUCAAUAAUAACUAUUUUGCCUGAGAUUUUUUAUUUUGUACUUGGUUUUAGCAGUGGUCCCAGUUUCUUAUAUAAAUGAUGUAAAAUUACUAAAAUUGCUUUCAGAUGUUUAAUUGCAAUCAAAACCUUAGCAAAUUAUACAUUUUCUGAUAGAUAAAUGAAUUGGCUACAACAUUUAGAUUUGUGUUUUAAGUGUAUCUAUAAAAAUUAAUGAUGUUAUGAGCACUUGAAAGCAAAACAUUUUGUUGAUUUUUAUUUUCUUGAGAACUCCAAGGUCAAGGACACUUAUUAAAAAAAUUUUUCGGAGUGAGCAAUAUGGCCAAAUUUAUCCCCAUCCAUUAACCUUUCUAAAAAUAUAGAAUUAUUGGGGUCUUGCAUCAGUAUUUCUAUUGUCAUUUAAUGCAAUUUCAAAAGGCACUCAAAUAGCUCUGAAAAGCUCCACACCACAGAAUGAUGCAUGCCACAGUUCUAGAGUUAAUUAAGUCAAUAUAAAAUGUCAAGAAACUCUUGCAUUGAUUGACUGGGUUGACAAUCUUAUAUAGUUUAAUAUUUCUGAAUGUUGGAUUGGAUUUUUAAAAAAUAGGAAGUUCCAAGUUUAUCAUUUUCUAACUUUUCUAACAUUUACACAUUUAAAAAUUCUUUUACUUUUAGGGAACCGAUGAACACAAGCAUUUAAGAUGUGGCCUCUGUUAGAGAACGGAACAAUUUUUAAGCAGGACUAAAAGCAAGGGUUUAUGAUUGGAAAAUGAAAUUUGUAUCCCUAAAAUUAGGACAACUCUUCAUUGGGGGGAUGUGUGUGUGUGUCAUUCAUUUAUUACACAAGCGAAAAUUGUUCUUUAAUUUAUUCCCACCAGACCCAUGUAAAACCCCACCCCCUCUCAUAGUGUAUGUUGGAUGAACAUGUAAAAUAAAAUGUUUUAUUUUCACUAGAUAUUCUUUCCAGGUCCUCUGUAAAUGUCACAAGAUACCGCAUGUAUUUCAAGUGGCCUAACAUAUUGUGACAUAUUGAUGUCUUGCUGUUGUUUGCUCAAUAUGAAUGAUAUUGAGGAUGUUAUGUUUGCUUUUAAAAAUGUAUUUGACCC